AUGCGCCAUCUAUCGGCUUUCUAAACGCCCAUGGUGGUAUUAUAGGAUGUAACAUCAAUACGCAAAGAUCAGCAUCAUCAUUACCGUGCUUGAUUCCUAAACAAACCCAAAUCGAAUGUUCGCCCGCCGGCACGGAUCUAUUGCCUGGUGACGUUUGUUUGAUAUUUAUUAUAAGAAUAGGACACUUGUUGGCGAAUCGUUAAUUAAAAAAUACGGCGAUGUCUAUUGGUGUACCUAUUAAGGUUCUUCACGAAGCAGAGGGACAUAUUGUCACUGUUGAGACUACCAGUGGAGAGGUGUACCGCGGUAAGUUAGUGGAGGCCGAAGACAACAUGAAUUGUCAAUUGCAGAGCAUUGUGGCCACGUACCGUGAUGGAAGUACAUCGGAGCUUGAGAAUGUCUAUAUUCGAGGCAGCAAAGUCCGUUUCAUGAUACUACCGGACAUGUUGAAAAACGCGCCGAUGUUUAAAAAACCACCGGGUGCUGGUGUGCAAACAGGCGCUGCAGCGGGUCGAGGAAAAUCUGCUAUUUUACGUGCGCAAGCUGCAAGAGGUCGCGGUCGAAACCUUCGAGGCCCACUCUUGCCAAAACCGAAACAGUGAUUGCGUGACUCCAAUACUCUGAACAUAAAAUAGGGACAAUAGCAUGGACUUUGAAAGCUGGUAACAGAUAAGAGGAUCUCAAUAUGAUAAAAGUGGAUGAAUUUUGGGAAGUGAGUUUUCGGAAGAUAGUUUGAUUGGAGAAUGGAAAUGGAAACAAAAACUCGCAUAGGUGGUCUUAUGCUAUACAGCUUGUGUGAAUUGAUCUGUUGGGAUUAGGUUCGGGUCACACAGGAAAUUUCCACCCUCUUAGUGUUGAAACUGUGUGUAAAAUAGCAGUAGAAGCUGGUAAACGCAGGUAAGUCGCAGAGAGGAGUCGAGACUCAAGGGACCCUUAGCUGCGACUUUUUCUUUUGUAUAUUGAUAAGGAAUAUCACGUUACUUGUAACGGUAUCUAAGGCUGGAGGGAAGGAAUUGAGUACAAGGUUACAAACAUUGAGAAUAAAUUCACAUCUGACGAGCGAGCGUUAGGGCCAGCAUGUAUUGAAGGGUUACCUUAUAUGAAAGAUAGCAUGAGAAGCUGUUUAACCUUGCUCAUAUUGUGGUAAAUAAAUGCACGUCCUGUACACUGUGUCAAGUGUGAU